AAAUGAAGCGCUCCCUGUGUAUCUGUGUGGUGGUGUGCUGCACUCUGAUUGGACUCGGAUCGGCCAUUCGGUGUUUCAGCUGUAAGGAUUACACAGGAAGUUGCUCCAAACAACGAGAAUGUAGCUAUGACGACGCCUGUCUGACCCUCACUGAGAGAGGAGGGAUGACGUACCGUCAGUGUCUCAAAUAUUCAGACUGUGAGUACGGUCGCCUGGGCCAGAUGUUCCCACAGGUGUCCAGUUUUACCUUCAAGUGCUGCAACUCUGACCUGUGUAACUCCGCCCCCUCGUCUGCAGCGAGCUCUGUGAUUGGUCUGCUGGCCUCGGUGGCGGUCAUGUGGUGGUGCAUCCACUAAAGAACGUCGUGCUAACGCUGCAGAAACAUGU